UCCGGUGGAUGUGAUGGUGCAGUAGCUGACAUCAGGACCAUUGAGCCGGGAGUAUUUCAUGUCAGCUUCCACAACCACAAUGUGGCUGAUCAAGUGAUGUCCAGACCUCGUAAAGUCAAGAAGUCAGUUCUUCAAAUGAACGUGCUGGAGGAGGAAGAGGGGGAGGGGGAAGAGGAGGAGGGGGAGGAGGGGGAGGAGCUGUGGUGGGAGUGUGCAUCUGAAACCGAAGUACCUGAUUCAGGUCAUAGGCUUACCCAGAUUGAGGUGUGCAACGUUCCAGAGAAAGUAACUGAAAAGGUUUUGAAGCGAUACUUCGAAACAGCCAAGGCAAACAGUUGUGAUAAAGCUGUUUCCGAUUGCACAGAAAGUCAGGGAAGGUGUUUUCAUUGUGACCUUUCAUGACCCUGAAGUUGCAGCCAAAGUGAUGUCCAAAUCUGAGCAUACCUAUAGGGAUGCUUGUCUGAGAUUGCAGUAUGUACGUCAGACAUCAAUUGAGGGGAAAGGUUCGCCUAACUCCGAGGAACUUAACCAGAUUGAGGUGUGCAACGUUCCAAGGAAUAUGAGUGAAAGAGUGUUGAAGAGAUACUUCGAAACAGCCAAGGCAAACAGUUGUGAUAAAGCUGUUUCUGACUGCACGAAAGUCAGGGAAGGCACUUUCGUUGUGACCUUUCACGACCCCAAAGUUGCAGCAAAUGUGAUGUCAAAAUCCGAGCACAUGUACAAGGAUGCUUGCCUAAGUUUGCAGUAUGUUCGUGGGCCGUUGAAAACAGACUACAAGAAAAACCAGUUGCUCGUUUGCGGCCUUCCCCAGGGGUUAGAAAAGGAUGAAUAUGAAGUCAUCAUUUCCGAUUGUUUGGAGAUGGAGGAAUCUGAAUUUGAAAUAGUUAUUAAUUAUGACUCGACAGCUACAAUAAACUUUGGGAAAGACUUCUCAUUUAGAGAGCUCCAAAUAACGAGGAACAAAAUUGCUGCCAAAGAUAUAGAUGGACACUGUUGUGACCGUUGAAAUGGUCAAGGAUGCCAAACUGAGCAUCCAUGUGUACGACAUACCAUCAGGACUGUGUGAUGAAGAGUUUCUAAGGGUUGUACUUCAGUAAGCCAGAGAGGUCUAGAGGUGGCGAAAUAGAAUCAAUGACGGUUCUUGGAGAAACAGAAGCUAUCAUCACUUUUGUUGACCCAAAAGUUAUUCAGCCAGUGCUUCAGAAAAACCACGCUUCAUUUUUGGGGCCUGACGCAGUCCUUGAAGAGCACGAUGGAAGUAAUAGAACAGCAUCAGAUUCGGGCUCUAUGACAGAACCACUGGAAUUUUCACUCGAUCCUCUCCUGCUCGAAUCCAUCAAUCUAAAUCCUGGUGCCCUAGAACAGAGCUUGUCAAAGCAUCAAGUAAAGUUCACGGCUGAUCAAGAGAAGGGAGCACUUGUGUUUUCACCGACAGGUAGGCCAAACCCAAACUGGCGUCAAGAGUGCGAAAGCCUUGUGCCUCAGUACCUGACUCAAAUGACAAAGGAGUCUGUGCAUGUUCCGAAGGAAGCCGCUACGGAAGCGAGAAGUUUACUGCAGAGUCUAAACAAGUCGAAUCCGAGUCUCAGUUUCAGUUUAAGCAGCGAUGAAACUGAAAUCGCCAUAGCAGGUGAGACCAGCUCCGUCGCUUCUGCCAAAGUAGCUCUCAACAGCCUCUGCUCUGACUUGGUUACACAUUGUAUUGAGAGUGUUUUCCUUUCCCCGGAAGAUUUCGACUAUUUGGAGCAAGUCAAACAACAUGAUUUGCCACCCAACGUUGAGUGCACCUUUGACAUAAACAUGUUUUAAACUUACUUUGAAGGGUCCUAAAGGGACUGUAAUGAGGCUCAAAGAUUCUGUACCAAAAAUAGCCAAUUACUCAGAAACUUCUGUGUUUCUUGUCCCGCUUAUAAUUGAGUUCUUCAAAACGCAGACUGGCAGAGGUAAGCUGGAGAAAUUUCUUCAAGAGCGCAAGUGCCAGUGUAGCGGUGCACUUUUCUGAGGCUUCUGCUCCCUGUCUUUAUUUUCUCUCAGACCGGAAUGAGCUUGAAAUGAACGAUAAAGUCAAAGCCAUAACUAAACAGUUGCCUGUGUUUGUAUCGCAUCAAACCAUCAUGAUACCAGAUGUUAUUGCACCCAUGCUCACUGACAUGAAUGAGAUUUAUACAACGUUGUAAGAGCAAUGAGAGGAAGUAUGAAGUUCUGAUAAAGCAGCAGGUCAUGAAGUCUCAGUUGCUGGGUUUAGCAUCCAAGUGACAAGUUGCGUCGCUGACUUAAAAGUAUUUUUCAAGGAGAAAUCUGCUCCUCCAACUCCACUUGAGGAACAGGUAAGCGGUCUUGUUGCGAGAUCCAUUGAGCGCAGUCCCCAUGGCUUGCAGAAUUGCCUUCGUUCUUUUGAUGGGUUGUUGCAUUGCGACACGGUGAGAGAAAUAAUUCGAUUUGCACCCUCACACCAUCUCACCCCUGGGUGGGAAGAGAAGUGCAGGAGUGUCUUGUUUGAAUUCAUUAAAGGUAAUGUGGUUGAGCAGAGCAGUAUGUUUCCAGAGAAGGCUUCAGCAGAAAUAUCCCACAUUCUGCUGAAUUCACAACAGGCCGAUCGUACUUUUGUUAGCAUUCAAACUUCAGCCACAUCUGUUUCAUUUGCCGGAUCUCCACACACUGUCAAACCUACUGAACAGAGGAUUAUGCAAGUUUGUUCCAAUCAUGCCUUCACAAAUGAAGAACUACCACUUGAACCAAAACUUUUUGAGUUUGUGAGUCAGGUGAAACUGCACUCCAUGAAGAGAAAGUUCCAUGGUGUCAACCUCAAGCUGGUAGAUGAGAGAAAUUCGCUCACCGUCUCUGGAUUAGCCAAAGAAGUGAAGGAAGUUGUGGACUAUGUACCACAUCUUACAACUCGUAUGAUAUCAGUUCAUGUCAAUAAUAUACGAAAGGCUAUUUUCCUGUAUCUUAGCUCAGAGAAAGGAAGAGAAAAACUCGUAAGUUUUAUUCGGGGGAAACGCGGCGAAAAUUGUGCAGUCUAUAUGUCGCCUUCCUCGGCCACAUUGUCACUGCUGUGUACUCACAAACACCGGACUGUUGCAGAGAAGAUUGCUAAAGCAAUUGUUGAUUGUACUUUCACGCAAACCUUAAAAAUCCCACAACUAAUCCAGCCGUUUUUUCCCGAACUCUCAGAGUUCACGAAGUUUGUGGAGGAUUUUCAGGGAGAAAUGUCGGCAAUGAUAGCGAUUGAAGGUAGUGAUAUAGUGGUCACAGGAUUUAGAGAGGAAGUUGGUAAGGCAGUUAACGUUCUUUCAGUAAUGGUAAAGGAAAAAAUGGAUCAUUUCAAGCCAGUUUCGGUACAAAUUGAACACAUAGUUGCUCAGUGUAUGCUGAAAAAUCAAGAAGACUUAGAAUUUUGGGCAUCAAGUUUGCAUGUGAUGUGCAAGCUUAAGCUACAGGGAAGUAAACCCACAGUCAUUGUAUCUCCCACGAAAGAUACGCAGCCCGAUUGGAAGAAAGAUUGUGAGCGACUACUUUUGUCCUAUCUCGAUAAUGAAUAUUUUAAAGAGACAAUUACAUUUCCUGAAGAGGCGGCAGAAGAUGCUAGCGAUAUCCUUGUUUCAACUAAAUAUAUAGUUUUUGAGAUUGGAGCUGAUGGAAAUAAUGCUACUUUAGCUGGUGAAAAGGGUGCUGUUAAGGAGGUUAAGAAACAGAUCCAUGAUAUGUGUGCCCAAAAACAAAUAACAAGGAAAAUUGAACUGGAUCGUCGAGAGUACGAUUUUUUCACACAAGUCGUCCAGAAAACGUUUAAGAGCAUAACUGCUUUCGAAUCAUCGGCAGAAAAACACACCAUAACCGUUGCUGGAAGUAUGAAUGAUGUGAGUGCAACGGUGAAGUCGAUAAAAGAAGCUGUCCGGCAUGCCGUCGUCCCAGUUUCAGUGGACGCAGUUAUGGUGCGAUUCAUCGACACCGAAGGUAGACAAGAGUUAGAAGACAAGAUGCAUGACGCAGGCGUUAGAGCAGCUAUUCACGUCAAAAUGUACGUAACGCCGCCUACACUUGAACUCCUCUGCCAAGAGCAAUUGGUUCAGCAUGUUAAAAUUUUGCUGAGAGUAUUCCUCGGCAUAUAACCGCUGUUAACAUGGUGCUUUCUGAAGCCUUUACUAAGCCUCCCUUUUCCCAGGAACUCAUGAAAUAUAGCCAAGAACUUACCACAAGUCAUCAUGUCCUAAUUGAAACAAGGCGGGAUGGACUACUCAUUUGUGGGUUCAAACAAGCGGCUGGGGAAGUGCAAAUGUCUCUUGAAAAGUUUAUAAAGAAUAAGUGCAAGUCCAGUCACACAUUUGAUAUUCAGAAGGGAAUGUGGCGACUUCUUGUGGCCCAAUGAAUAAACAAUGGAAUAAGAUUCAAAACGCCUGUCAGAGUAGUGAAGUGGAAUAUACAGUCCCCAGUGAAAGUGCAGGAGGAGGGUAUGUCAUUGAAUUUAAAGGAUAUGAAGCUAAAGUGCAAAAAAUCGUGAAAGACCUAGAUGGUCUCCUCCAGUCAACGCACAAAACCACCAUGGCAUUAAAAACUGCACAAAUAUGCCAGUAUUUUCUUGAGAAGGGAGAGGGGGCGAGGCAAAUACCUGGUAUCGAGCAACAGGCUAAUGCAGUCAUCGAGGUUUGCCGCAUUAGGAGCAGCCCACGAGGUAAGCCCAAGUCAAAAAAUAGCGCUGCAUCUAAGAUUUCGGAACAGUGCAGUGCUCUGGUAAUUGAUGCGAAACACAUAAUAAUACACCUGGGAGACAUCACUGGAUUCCCAGCAGACGUCAUUGUUAACGCUGCCAAUGAAGACUUGAGGCACAUCGGCGGUUUGGCGUAUUCCAUUCUGAAGAAAGGAGGAAAGGAGAUACAAGAUGCGUCGGACCGCUACACAAAAAGCCACGGGAAACUCAGCGCUGGAGAUGUGUGGCUCUCUACAGUCGUUGGCAGACUGCCAUGUCUAGCAUUGAUCCACGCAGUGGGCCCUCGGUGGAAGAAAAACCCAACCGAUAGAGAUCACCUCAAGGAAGCUUGCAUCAAUUGCCUCACAAACGCCAGAGGUUAUAAAUCGAUUGCACUCCCUGCUAUUAGUACCGGUAUGUUUGGUUGCCCGAUGGACCAAUGUGCAGAUGUGAUGGUAUCAUCCACAGUCGAAUUCUGUAAAACUCAAAGACACGCUCCUCUCGAUGAAAUCAAUAUCGUACUUUUUAAAAGCUCCGACGUGCCACCUUUUAUUAAAGCACUUGGAACUCACCUGCUAGCUCAGAAUAUAAAAAGGAAAAUCGCUUCCAUCACUUCGACACGCAAGUUUACCAAUGCCAGUCCCUCAACAGACUUAUGUGGAAGAGGGAGAAGAAAAGGAAGAGCAAUUUGAACAAAUCAAGGCUGGAUCUUCACGUCUGAGUUGUGUGUCUAUUAAGGAAGGUGGUCUUCUAGAUGCUAAGGCGAAGAUGUAUGUGAAUUCAACAAAUGGCAAAAUGGAUCUGUCUGGAGGUGCAGUUGCCCAGGCGGUAUCCAGGGCUGCCGGUCCGACUCUCCAAGCAGAGUGCACCAAGAAAGCUCCCCUUGCAGCUGGUGAAAUAGCCGUCACUGAUCCAGGAAAUAUGCAGUGUAAAUGCAUUAUCCACAUCAACUGCCCCGGAUAUAAUAAGAGUAGUUCGCAGUCCGAGGAGAUGCUGAGGACGAUAAUGAACAAGUGUAUGAGUGAAUGCGAAACACGACAAGUCAGCACUAUUGCCUUCCCUGCAAUUGGUACUGGAAACCUUGGCUUUCCAGUAGCCACCUCCGCUCACGUAAUGGUGGACGAGAUAUGCAAUUACCUCCAGAAAAACAAAUGUAAGUCCCUCAGCACUGUGUACGUCAUGAUUUACAAAGACAGCGCUAUGCACCGCACGUUCUCAGACGAGUUAGAAAAUAGAAAGCGAAGUGAAUUAGUUCCCAUGAAGAAAAAGAAGAGGUGGUUAUUUCGGGGACGUCGUGCUGCGUCACCAGAUAUUGCACCCCCAACUGAGCUCACGUCUGGAGGUGCAGUGAAACUCACCAGCAGUCAUUCUCUUGAUUUCGGGAAUGGUGUCUCUAUGGAGAUCUUAAAAGGUGACAUCACCCAAGAGAGCACCAAUGUUAUUGUAAACACGACAAAUGAAAAUAUGGUUUUGGAUUCUGGGGUGGGUUUGGCCCUAGCCAAAAAAGCAGGGAAAAGUUUGCAAGAUGCCUGUAAUGCAUUAAACCCUGCGGAUAAGAAGGGAUUAAGGGACGGUAAGGUGAUUGAAACUAAGGCUGGUAAUCUUCAGUGUAAACACGUUAUCCACGUCAUGUUUCGAAAGGAUACCUUUGUUCAAGUAGUGACUUCCUGUAUUGAAAAAGCCCGCGAGCUGAAGCACAAUUCAAUUUCGUUUCCCGCUAUUGGAACGGGCCAGGAGAAAUACCCUGCUGAUUCUGCCGCAAGGGACAUGAUCCAAGGAAUGAGGCAGUGCAAGACGGGCUCUAAAGUGAACGUUAGAAUAGUUUUAUUUCAGGAAGAGGUGUACAGUAAAUUUGUGGAAGUGCUAGCAGGCGAUCUUCAACCAAGCCCACUGCCACCUCCUCCUCUUCCUGUAGUAGGGUCUGCAUGUAAACCCAAAACACGGCCUACUACAUAUGAGACAACCAAAGUCAAGACCUCCAUAGUUGACUAUGAAAUAGUAAUACUUGGAGAAACUCAAGCGCACGUCGAUGCAGCUGAAAAGAGCUUACGCGAUUUAAUCGGCAAGGAAUUCAAGACGGAGAAGAUAGUGGAUAAAAAGAUAGGCUUACUCAGAGAAAGUCAAGUCAAAGCGUUACAAAGAGAUGCCUGUAGUAUGCAUUUGAUAUUUCGUAUUGACCGCAAAUCAAAUACCAUUGAAUUUGAAGGAAAAGCGACAGGUGUGUAUGAAAUGAAGAUCAACAUUAAGGAUGCAUUGAGCCAAGUAGAAAGGGCAGAAGCCCUGAUGAAAACAGUGCAGUGGAAGAGGCAAGAUUCUACCACCGGCACUAGCUAUGAUCCCCUCAUGAAUCUUGAAAUUGAAGAUAAUAGCAACAAAUUGAGUCACACUUUCAAAGAUGAUAUAAUGGCCUACCCAGAGGACUGGGAUCCUAUGACGGAUCCAACUACUAACAAAGUGGUUUCACUACGUGUGUUUGUUCUUGCACCUACCAGCAAAGGAUACAAGUUUGCCCUGGGAGAAUUUGACAGGACCAUGAAAUCGAAAUACAGUACCAUUGUCAAGAUCGAGCGUAUUCAGAAUCCUGUUUUGUACAGGCAAUACAGCGCUAAAAAGAAGCAUCUUGAUUCUCACAACCCCUCAGGCCUUCAAAACGAACGCUGGCUCUUUCACGGAACCAAGGAAGCUUCUAUCACCCUUAUUAACAAAACCAAUUUUAAUAGGAGUUACCGCGGACAAAAUGGCACAGCGUAUGGCCAGGGCUGCUACUUUGCUCGUGACGCCUCCUACUCCAAUGGAUAUGCCUCACCAGAUGCACUAGGCCAAAAGUAUAUGUACGUUGUACGUCUUCUUACAGGGCAAUUCACAACGGGCAGCACCGCAAUGAUUGUAGCACCGCCCAAAGAUCCCAGUGAUAAGGCCGUAUUGUUCGACUCGGUCGUCAAUAACACUGCCACACCUACCAUCUUUGUGGUAUUCUAUGAUGCCGAUGCGUACCCUGAAUAUCUCAUCACUUACAUAUAG